UGUUAAGAAGUUCUACAUCGGUUUGCGAUAUGGCCUGACUAAGUAUUUAUAAACUAGAGGCAAUCCUCACUUUAUAAGCCGGUUUUGUAAGGAUAAGUUAGACCCAAAACUCAAUUCUAAGAUGGUAUCAUAGCCUAUCCACGAUUCGUUGGGCCACUUCGUCGGGCCGCCUGCAAUCAGGUUUCUGAUCGGGCCCUCCACCAUUCAUAUCCGAGCCUCAAGCCUAGAUAAUCAAUAUACUUUUGGCUUUCUAAGUUCAAAAGAUCAUACAUAGUAAAAUUGUGUAGCCUAGGUUUAUGAAUGUAGUUUUUCAAAGAUUUUAAGAAAAAACUGAAUUUAUCAACAAAUAAAAAGAAGCUACCAAGAAGGAACAAGUGAACAACUCCCAAAAUUGCUUCCCUUAUCCCAAACCAACGGAUACCACACGCUCGCUACUUUUUUAUAUGUUCCCAUUCCUCCCUUUCAUUCAUUCAUUCAUUCAACUAAUUUGCUGAUUUAGAUAUGGCUUGCAGUAUCAUCCAAACAAACGCCUCUUCUUCUUCUUCUUCUCUUCUUCUUCUUCUAUGAUGACACCGAAAUUGAAGUAUGAUGUUUUUGUUAGCUUUAGAGGUCAAGACACACGCAACAAUUUCGCGGAUCAUCUUUUUGCUGCCUUUCAAAGAAAAGGAAUUUUAGCAUUCAGAGAUGAUACUAAGAUUCAGAAAGGGGAAUCCAUAGCACCUGAACUCCUUCGUGCAAUUGAAGGAUCUGAGAUUUUCAUUGUGAUCUUCUCAAAACACUAUGCUUCUUCAACAUGGUGCUUGCGAGAAUUGGAAUCUAUCCUUCAUUGUAGUCAAGUUUCUGGAAGACGUGUUCUUCCUGUUUUCUAUGAUGUUGAUCCUUCUGAUGUGAGACAUCAAAAAGGAAGUUAUGCUGAAGACCUUGCCAAACAUGAGGAAAGAUUUCAACAUGACUCAGAUUUAGUGCAAAGAUGGAGGGAAGCUUUAACACAAGUCGCCAAUUACUCUGGUUGGGAUAUGCGUCAUAAGGCUCAAAAUGCAGAGAUUGAAAAGAUUGCUGAAGAGAUAAUGAAUAUAUUAUUGGGUCACAAAUUUUCAUAUCUUCCAAAAGAUUUAAUUGGGAUAAAUUUACCUAUUGAGAAAGUAGUAAAUCUAUUACUUUUAGACUCACUUGAUGAUGUUCGGGUUGUAGGAAUUUGUGGGAUGGGUGGAGUAGGGAAGACAACUCUUGCUACUGCUUUAUUUGGUCAAAUCUCUCAUCAAUUUGAUGCUCGUUGUUAUAUUGAUGAUCUAAGCAAAAUAUAUAGACAUGAUGGUCCAAUUGGUGCACAAAAGCAAAUCCUACACCAAACUCUUGGUGGGGAACCCUUUCAGAUAUGCAAUCUCUAUGACACGGCUAACUUGAUACAAAGUAGGCUUCGUCGCCUGCGAGCACUUAUAAUUCUUGACAAUGUUGAUAAAGUUGAUCAACUCGAUAAGUUAGCCGUGAAUCGUGAAUGGUUAGGUGCAGGGAGUAGAAUCAUUAUAAUUUCUAGAGAUGAGCAUAUCUUGAAAGCAUAUGGAGUGGAUGCAGUUUACAAAGUUCCACUCUUGAAUGAGACUAACUCCGUUCAAUUAUUUUGUCGAAAAGCUUUCAAACUUGACAAUAUUUUGAGUAGUUAUGAGGGGUUGGUCAAUGGCAUACUACAUUAUGCCAAAGGCUUACCACUAGCAAUUAAAAUAUUGGGUUCAUUUUUGUUUGGUCGAGAUAUAUCUGAAUGGAAAAGUGCAUUGUCUAGAUUGAGAGAAAGUCCAAACAAAGAUGUCAUGGAUGUGUUACAAUUAAGUUUUGAUGGGUUGGAGGAAUUGGAAAAAGAAAUAUUUCUUGAUAUUGCUUGUUUUUUCAAUGGGUGCCAGGAGAGUUAUGUCAAAAAAGUUCUAAAUUGCUGUGGAUUUCAUGCUGAUAUUGGUUUAAGAGUUCUAAUUGAUAAAUCACUUCUAAGCAUAUCUGACGAUCAAAUUAUAAUAAUGCAUAGUUUGUUAGCAGAGUUGGGCAAAAACAUUGUCCAAGAAAUUUCAACCAAAGAAUCAAGAAAGUGGACGAGGGUGUGGCUCCACAAACAACUCCAAAAUGUUAUGUUAGAGAAUGUGGAAAGGAAGGUUGAAGCCAUAAUUUUUUAUAGAUUUUCAACGGAAACAGACAAAUUUAUCAUGGGUGAAACAUUGUCAAAAAUGAGUCAUCUUAGAUUGCUCAUAUUGAGGAACAGAAUUAUUUUAGGAAACCUCAGCUACCUCUCUAAUGAGUUAAGAUAUGUGGAGUGGGAUAGGUAUCCUUUCAAGUAUUUGCCGCCAUGUUUUCAUCCCAAUCAACUUGUUGAAUUGAACUUGAAGUAUAGCAGCAUCAAACAACUAUGGAAAGAUAAGAAGUAUUUGCCCAAUUUGAGAAGGUUGGAUCUAACUUACUCAAAAAAUCUAAGAAAGAUGCCAGAUUUUGGGGAUAUUCCAAACCUUGAGGAGCUAGAUCUUACAGGUUGUAUAAAGCUUGUGGAAAUAGAUCCAUCUAUCGGGGUUCUAAAAAAGCUUGAUUACUUAAGUUUGAAAGAUUGCAAAAAUCUAAGAAAGAUGCCAGAUUUUGGGGAUAUUCCAAACCUUGAGGAGCUAGAUCUUACAGGUUGUAUAAAGCUUGUGGAAAUAGAUCCAUCUAUCGGGGUUCUAAAAAAGCUUUAUUACUUAAGUUUGAAAGAUUGCAAAAAUCUAGUAAACAUACCAAACAACAUAUUUGGUCUCACCUCUCUUCAAUAUCUAAAUCUUUCGGGGUGUCCCAAAAUGAAUAAGAAUCCAAUUCCAAGGCAAUCAAGAACUUCCUUCUGGAAACGGACCACAAUUGGUUUACGUUCCUUUUACGGUUAUCAUGAAGGUUUAGCAAGUUCUUUGCUGCCUUCUUUUCUUAGCUUAUAUUGUUUGAGUGAAGUUGAUAUCAGUUUCUGUGGUCUAAGCCAACUCCCAAGUGCAAUUGGAUGUCUACGUCAACUCGUAAGAUUAAAUAUAAGUGGGAACAAUUUUGUGAUACUACCUAACCUGAAGGAGCUUUCCAACCUUGAAUAUUUAAACUUACAGCAUUGCAUGCUUUUGGAAUCUUUGCCUCAGCUUCCUUUUCCUACUCUUUUUGAUAUUACGACAAAACGUAAUACCACUUUGAAGCAUAUGAAAAACUUUUGUGAGAGGAAAGUUGGACUGGUCAUUUUCAAUUGUCCUAAGUUGGGUGAGAGUGAAUAUUGUGAUAACAUUGCAUUUUCAUGGAUGACACAAUUCAUUUGGGCAAGACAGCAGUCCUCUAGUGCCUUCUUUUAUGGGAGUUUAAUUGAUAUUGUUAUUCCUAGAAGUGAAAUACCAAUUUGGUUCAAAAAUCAGAGCGAGAGUGGUUCAAUAAGAAUGGAACUAUCUACCAUUAUGAACAAUAAUUGCAUUGGCAUUGCUUGUUGUGUGGUAUUUUCUGUUGAACCUUCUGAUCGAACUGUCGAAGCUUCUGAUAGUAAUUCGGGUAUAAUUUAUGAAUUUCGUAAUAAUAGUAAUAGAUUGUAUUGGAAUGAUGGUAUUGGUGUAAUUUUAGAAAGAGGUCUUAUUCUGGUCAAAUCAAAUCACAUGUACCUAUUCUAUAUUCCUAAGAGAUCAUUCUUUAAUAUUAUGAAGUCGAUUGACCAUCCUCACAUGAAUCUUGAUGAUAUCAUUUUCAAAGCUUUCAUUUCUGAUUAUAAUGGCAAAGGUCGUGAUUCGGAGGUGCAGCAUUGUGGGUAUCGUUUGGUAUAUGAACAUGAUCUACAAGACUUGAACUUAACAAUGAUGCAUCCCGAAAAUCUGUCAACUCAUAAGGGCAAGUUUUUGGCAAUUGAAAAUGAGGCACAACCAUGAUGAUUUAGGGCUGGCAGCAUAGAUGACACGUGCUAUUUUGAGCAUAAAGACUGAUCUGCGAGUUAGUUAGUUAAAAAAGAAAUUGUCAUUUUUCAUGUAAUAAAUCCAAUUCAACUAGUCCAUUUGUUUUGUUUUGUAUAGUACACCCAUUUAUAUUUAA